GAGUUUGACAAGAAAUACAAUCCCACUUGGCACUGCAUCGUGGGAAGGAACUUUGGCAGCUACGUGACUCAUGAGACCAAGCACUUCAUCUACUUCUACCUCGGCCAAGUCGCUAUUCUUCUCUUCAAGUCUGGUUAGAACCACGGACUGUUGCUGAAACUUGCACCUGAUUACAGGACUAACACUAACUCCAAACAGCCUCCUACCUUCAGCCUUCCUGAGGAAACAGUCUUCAGGGCUUUUGUUGUAUUGUUAAUGGUCAGGGAUUUUGCUGUAGCAGCUAGUAUUUUCAUUGUGGCUAUAAAAAAGGCAAAAAUGUCUUCCUUGUAUUUAUUUUCUUUCAAAAGACAGCUUCUUUGCUAAUAAAACUGUCAGAACAAGUUUA